AUGGGAUCUAAUUAUUGGGGAUCUCUUGGAUUGGGAGGCAAUGACCAUCAGAGCGAACCGCAAGUGAUCCCAGAGUUGUGUCACCAGAAUAUUCAGCGCUUUCUUACGGCACAUCAAUUGGUUUUGGCUAUAAAUGACAGGAACUUCCAAAAGGAUGAGUCGGAUUCAAGGGUUGUGAUCAAAACAUUGGCUAAAUUGACCGCAGAAUUGGAUAAUUCACUGAAAGUAAACUCAGAAUAUGUGGUCAAAUGUAUGGGUUCGUGGGUCGACAGCACUACUUAUUACAUUCAAAUGGAGUUGUGUUCCGAUAGUCUACAGAAUAUUCUUAGACUUAAACCACAAGUAUUUGGUCGACAACCGGGAGAAUCCAUGAAUUCAAUCGAGUUUUACAUUUCGCGUCAAAUAUUCAAAGAGAUCUUAGAGUGCGUCCAAUAUUUGCAUGAAUUGAAUCCACAGAUCAUUCACAGAGACCUCAAACCCGACAAUAUUUUGGUGGCCAGGGAUGUCAAGAAUGGCAGGUUUCUUAAAUUAUGUGACUUUGGUUUGUCGACAGUACACGACCGGGACUUCUAUACAAUGACUGGUACGCAAAGCGGGGCUCCUGAAUAUCAGGCACCGGAAGUCACAAGUGGUAGGUAUGACCACAGGAUAGACAUCUAUAGUCUGUUUAAAAUCGGCGAAAAACUAUUUGAUUUCAAUUUGAAUGAUAAUACUCCGCAAUCGUAUUCAUCAGAUAAUGAAGAGUUAAACAAAUGUGUCAUUAAAUUACGGGAAGUAUUGGUUUCGAUGGCUUUGUAUCCCAAUUGGGAGGACAGACCCGAGUAAUCGUGGGUUCACAGCACGAACUAUUACAUAAAAAUGGAGUUAUGUUCUGAUAAUCUACAGAAUAUUCUUAGACUUAAACCACAAGUAUUUGGUCGACAAGCGGGAGAACCCAUGAAUUCAAUCGAGUUUUACAUUUCGUGUCAAAUAUUCAAAGAGAUCUUAGAGUGCGUCCAAUAUUUGCAUGAAUUGGAUCCACAGAUAAUUCAUCGGGAUCUUAAACCCGACAAUAUAUUGGUGGCCCGGGAUGUGAAGGACGGCCGCUAUUUUAAAUUAUGUGACUUUGGUUUGUCGACAGUACACGACCGGGACUUCUAUGACAACGACCGGUAG